UGGUUUUUAUGUACUAGUGUAUAUUGGGUUAAAAAAAAUACUAGUUUUUGAAUUUGGUCGUUUAUUGAAAAUUUUUUUAUAUUAGUUUUUGAUCAUUUAUUGACAUUUUUUCUUGGAAAAGCUCUGUUUGGGAAUGCAAAGUUUACCCAUUUUGGGUUCAAUUGUUCAACCCUUGAUUUCAAUAUCUCAAUGUUCAUAGGAUUGAUCCUUGAACUGAGAAAAUGAAGAAACUUUUUAAUGGGAUUUUGUGUGAUCUCAAAGGAAGAUUGACAUGUUACAAGCAAGACUGGUAUAAUGGUUUCAAAUCUGGAAUUGGGAUACUAGCUCCAACUACCUACAUCUUCUUUGCUUCUGCACUUCCUGUCAUAGCUUUUGGUGCACAACUAUAUAGAGAUACAGAUGGAAGCUUGAGUACAGUUGAAACAUUAGCUUCAACAGCAAUAUGUGGGAUCAUUCACUCAAUACUUGGUGGACAACCUCUAUUGAUAGUCGGAGUUGCAGAACCAACUGUGAUUAUGUACUCUUAUCUUUAUAACUUUGCUAUUUCUCAGCCUAGUUUGGGAAAGGAACUUUACUUGGCUUGGGCUGGAUGGGUUUGUGUGUGGACAGCCCUUAUGUUAAUAUUUCUUUCUACAAUCAAUGCUUCUACAAUCAUUAAAAGGUUUACAAGAGUUGCAGAUGAACUCUUUGGCAUGUUGAUUACUGUUCUUUUUAUACAACAAGCUAUCAAGGGAGUUGUAAGUGAAUUCCAAAUUCCCAAAGCAGAAGAUCAACACGAGGAGAAGUUUCAUUUUCAGUGGAGAUAUGUGAAUGGAAUACUUGGGAUUGUAUUUACUUUUGGGGUUUUCUUAACGGCCUUAAAGAGCCGUAGGGCAAGGUCAUGGACUUAUGGUACAGGUCGUAUGAGGGGCCUCAUUGCCGAUUAUGGGGUUCCUUUGAUGGUUGUGAUUUGGACUGCCAUAUCCUUCAGUGUGCCUUCUGGAGUACCAAAGGGCGUGCCUCGAAGGCUCUAUAGUCCUCUGGCUUGGCAAUCUGCUUCAGUGUACCAUUGGACUGUUGUUAAGGACAUGUUUAGGGUACCAGUUGGGUACAUCUUUGCUGCCAUCCUUCCAGCUCUAAUGGUCACAGGACUGUAUUUUUUCGACCACAGUGUGGCUUCACAACUAGCACAGCAAAAGGAGUUCAAUCUUAAAACUCCUUCGGCUUACCAUUAUGACAUUUUGGUGCUCGGAUUUAUGACUUUACUCUGUGGACUGAUCGGACUCCCUCCAUCAAAUGGCGUUCUUCCACAAUCUCCGAUGCAUACAAAGAGCCUUGCCGUUCUCAAGAGGCAGUUAAUGGGUAAAAAAAUGGUGCAAUCUGCCAAGGAGAGCAUCAGGAGAAAUGUUAGCAGCACAGAACUUUAUGGUCAGAUGCAAGAUGUCUUCAUUCAAAUGGAUCAGUGUCCUAAUCCUCAGGAAGUUGCAAAGGAGUUGGAAGAUCUGAAAGAGGCAGUGAUUAGUGGGGAGAAAAAAGAAGGAAAAGAUAAAUACGCUUUCAAACUCGAAAACAUUAACAAUUAUCUGCCUGUUAGAGUGAACGAGCAAAGAGUGAGCAAUCUUUUACAGUCGAUCCUUGUCGUAGGCGCUAUGUUUGCUAUGCCAGUGAUUAAGCUGAUACCCACUUCAGUUCUUUGGGGAUACUUUGCAUAUAUGGCCAUUGAUAGUCUCCCUGGAAGCCAGUUCUGGGAGAGAAUUCUUCUCCUUUUCGUUACACCAGCAAGACGAUACAAGGUUUUAGAAAAAGAUCAUGCAUCAUUUGUAGAAAUAGUGCCCUUCAAAUGCAUUGCUUCGUUCACUCUAUUCCAAAUAGUGUACUUAUUGAUCUGUUUCGGAGUUACUUGGAUACCGAUUGCUGGGAUUCUCUUCCCUUUACCAUUCUUCUUUCUGUUAACCAUCCGACAACAUCUUCUACCGAAGUACUUUCAUCCGUUUCAUCUGCAAGAAUUGGAUGCAGCCGAGUAUGAAGAGAUUGCUGGUGCACCUAGACGUUCUCUUAGCAUGUCUUACAGGGAUAAAGAAUCUAUACCCGAUGAUGAUGAUAAUGAAGACGAUGAUGAUUUUGAGAUACUCGAUGAAAUGACAACAAACAGAGGGGAGUUCAAGAUCAGAACCAUGAGCUUUGAUAAUCCUCAGAUUCACCCGCAAGAUUUAGUUCAUCCAGAAUGAAAGAACAAGAGUAGUAUGAGGCAAUUGGAAAUUUUAUCGACGAUGUUGAACUCGAAAAUGGCUUCAUUACAAAGAAAUGGAGUUUAAUUUUCCAUAACAAAGCUUAUACCUUCCAAAGGAAGAUCAAAGAAAUAUGUGAUAUGUUAAUUAUGACAUUAAAGACAAGAGAAGGGAGGUAUUUUGUCAUGAUCAAGUAAGGACAGGAAUGCAAGUAUAUACACAAAAUUAAACCAACUUUACAUUAAACUGAGAAAAUUGGGUGUAUAAUUUUGUGAACUUUUCUGCUGCAGAAUACAACUAAGAAGUUUGAAGACUAUGUUUUGCUACCAAUUAUAUCUUAGUUUGUAAUUAAUUGAGAUUACUAAUAUA